CAGCGCUCGAAUCAAGCCCCCUCCUCCAUCUUCUUCCUCAUCCAGCAUUAUUCCAGCACCCCGAAUCCGGCGACACAAUGUUGCCUUUGUCGGUGCGGCGUGCGGUGGCCUCUGCUCCUCAAGGGGCUCUCGCCGCGUCGGCCCCAAAGAUCACAGCCUCGAGCUUCAUUCUCAACCGCCCCCAACGGCGAUUCUCCUCGUCAAAACCCUCGAGAUCCGACGAGCCCAACGGAAUCGCGGCUCGCCAGUCUGUACCAGCCUCAACAUCGUCUCGCGGAGAGGGCAAGGGCAGCAGGAAACGAAAGCCCAAAGAAUCGACUGAUCGAGAUGCGGCCUUCAAAAAGCUACCUAGCGUUCCCAGCACUCACCACAUGUCUCAAGAAGCCCUGAGCCUGUCCAGCUUCUUCUCGCUCCACCGUCCUAUUUCCGUCACACAGACCAUGCCCAGGAGUGUUACGGACGAGCAUUUUGCAACCAUCUUUGCCCCCCGAACAAGAUCGAACAAGAUACGGGACACUGUAUCCACGCUCUCCGAUACCAUCGAUCAGCUGGAAGGUCCCAUGGCUCAGGUGACAAUAGGAGGCCAAGACCAGGGAGCUAGCGACGGUAUGCAGAGAGUUGACGUGAAGAACCCUGAUGGCACUGAGUCAAGCAUCUACCUGCAAGUCGACACCAUGUCUGGAGAAUUCUUGCCUUUCCGCCCACCCCCGCUACCCGAAGCGCAGAAAAACGCCGCAGUUGAUGGAUUUGCUGCUGAAGCUGAGGCUUUGGAGGAUUCUCACCACCGGGUGUACAAGGCCAUGUUCACCAUUGAGGAGUCAACCGAGCCGGACGGCCAGAUCAGGAUCAUUGCCCACAGCCCGCGAAUUAUCCAGGAUGGCCAGCCCCGGAGCUUCUUGGAGCGCCUAGCUCUCCGUCAACUGCGAUUUGAUCAGACUCGUGGCAACCGUGACCUCUAUGCUAUUAGCGUUAAGCGGCAACGAAAGCUCAAGAUGAAGAAGAAGAAGUAUAAGAAGCUGAUGAAGAAGACAAGGAACCUGCGCCGUAAGCUGGAUCGUACUUAACGGGUUGUGUUUGGGUUUGUGGUAUAGACUUUCAUCAUUUGAGGUUAUUUUUUUUUCCCGUUUUAUAUUGCGUUGGGAUUUGGUAGGUUCUUGGGUUGGUGUCUGGUCUGGCGGUUGAUUAUUUUUUUGGUCAGCCAUAAGUUACGCAUCGCGAUCCCGAGACUUUUCCUCUUCCAUAGACUCGAGAUGAUAACAGUUUGUCAUAUGCCGUGGUGCAUGACUGGGGGGACACGACUGUUUCCCGUUAGAUCGAUGUAUGUAAAUUAGUAUGAAUAAGAUGAACAUGUAGCAACAGUGCUUGAUCGAUAGGACUUUGCGACUAAUCUAUAUGAGUGCUUG